UACGCGAGGAAAGAUAAUAACAAUCAAUAACGUACUUACAACGCUGUCUAGUGCGGUAACAGUUCCUCGUCAAUCGUUUUUUUUGAUUUCGUGUUUUCCGAGCCCAUCCGAUCGGAGCUUCUACCGUACACACGGCGUCCAGUCAGGACACACAGCGUGUCUUUAGCGCGUCAUAUUAUAUUAUUUUGAUUAAUAAAUAACUAUGGACGAAGAAUAUGACUGCAUCGUGCUGGGCACCGGCCUCAAGGAAUGCAUCCUGUCCGGUAUGCUGUCGGUUUCUGGUAAGAAAGUGUUGCACGUCGAUCGCAAUAAGUAUUACGGCGGUGAGUCGGCAUCGAUCACGCCGCUGCAGGAGUUGUUCCAGAAGUUCGGCGUGAAGGAGCCAGACGAGAAGGAGCACGGGCGCGGCCGCGACUGGAAUGUCGACCUAGUGCCCAAGUUCCUCAUGGCCAACGGUUUGCUAGUUAAGCUGCUCAUACACACGGGCGUGACGCGCUAUUUGGAGUUCAAGUCGGUCGAGGGCAGCUACGUGUACAAGGGUGGCAAAAUUUACAAGGUGCCGGUCGACCAGAAGGAAGCCCUGUCGUCGGAUUUGAUGGGAAUAUUUGAGAAGAGGCGGUUCAGAAAUUUCUUAAUAUUCGUKCAAGACUUCCAGGAGAAUGAUCCAAAGACAUGGAAGGAUGUCAACCCUCAGCAAAUGUCUGCCUAUCAGCUGUACACCAAGUUCGGUUUGGACAAGAACACUCAAGACUUCACUGGUCACGCUCUGGCUCUCUAUCUGAAUGAUGACUAUAUCAACGAACCCGCUGCCAACUUGAUCAAACGCAUCAAGUUGUACAGCGAUUCUCUUGCUCGUUACGGAAAAAGCCCGUAUUUGUAUCCCUUGUACGGGCUUGGAGAACUGCCUCAAGGUUUUGCUCGGCUYAGUGCUAUUUAUGGUGGUACUUACAUGUUGAAUACUCCUGUUGAUGAAAUCGUUUUUGAAGGAUCGAGUGUAGUUGGUAUAAAGAGCGGUGGUGUUGUCGCUAAGUGUAAACAAGUUUUUUGCGACCCAUCCUACGUAAAAGAAAGAGUGAAAAAAACUGGUCAAGUAAUCCGUUGCAUUUGCUUAUUGAAUCAUCCUAUACCAAACACCCGUGAUGCACUUUCUACUCAGAUCAUAAUUCCACAGAACCAGGUCAACCGCAAGUCUGAUAUCUAUGUUUCGUUAGUAAGCAACACCCAUCAAGUGUCUGCACAAGGAUGGUUUAUUGCUAUGGUUUCUUCCAAAGUUGAAACUAGCAACCCAGAGUUGGAAAUCAAGCCCGGUUUAGACUUGUUGGGACCUAUCAAACAGAAAUUUGUAUCCAUUUCUGAUUAUUAUGAACCUAUUGACGAUGGAAAGGAUAGCAAAGUAUUUAUUUCAAAGUCGUAUGAUGCUACAUCGCAUUUCGAGACAACAUGCUUGGACGUUUUGGAUAUUUACAAACGAGCAACUGGAGAAGAAUUUGAUUUUUCAAAAAUUAAACUGGAAAGUGAAGAUGUCUAAAAAUUUUCAAAGUUGCAUUUUUAUCAUUUAUUAUUAUUUUAUCUCAAUGAGAAAUUGUUUCUAUUACAUAUUAUCUCGUAAUCAAUUUAUUCAGUUAAUUGCCAAAUAUUGAUCUAAAUUUUUUUUGUGGAUUGAAAAUGUCAUUGCUGUAAAAUUAUGAAAAUUUUUCCAAUGGGUGAUGUAGGUGCCUAAAUUUAAGAAUAUUAUUGUAGAAAUAACUUAUUAAUUUAAAACAACAUUCAUCAACAACCCUUUAGAUAAUCAUAAA